AUGGAACGGUGGCAGCAUCACGUCGUAGAAGAAAUUGUACGACCGUUCGGUCUUUGGCCGCUUGAGCAAUGGAUCUUGGGCCUCCGCUGUGGCAUCAGAGUACGAGGCAUCGUAGGAGAGCAUAGUGCGAAAGCUAAUGCUAGCGCAGAGUCUGUCGAGGUGAGCCUCGCCGUCGGAGGCAGAAGAGAGAAGGAUCUGGCGAUAUCUGGAUUUGUUCGAUUUGCGCAAAUCAAACAAAGCAGAAAAUCCGGCUAUCACCAUCUCAAUCAUCACCCUCGUCAUCCAUCAUCACCCUGGUCGUCAUCAUCGUCGCUAUCUCGUCAUUCGUUCGUGAGCAAGACUUCUUCAUCUCGCCAUCCUCCUCUGUUCGAAAUUCCGGCGGCCUGCAACUUCCGGCGGGAUUGUGUUUCUGUGAGCAGUCCACGACCGCCGGCGAGCCCUUCUCGCAGCAACUCGUGCAGCGAUCUCCGACGAUCCCUUGCAGCGAGUUCCGACGACUUUUGUUCGUCCUUCGAGCAGCCCGCGAGCCCGGCGACGUGA